UCGAGGACGACGAGUGGGACUUGGCGACGAUGCUGGAGAUCGAUCGCCUGGAGGCCUCUGCAGUGAAGGCGAGCCAGCGCCAGCAGCGAGCAGCACCAGCCGCGCAUUUGUCAGAACUCGACGAAUGGGACGUUGGCGCUUUAGGGAUGGAAGUGUCCUGCCCACAGCUGCAAAAUGCGAACCAGAACUUGGAUGCUGCUCAGCAAGAAAUCGAGCGUCUUUCGGCAGAGCUUCGGCUCAAGGAUCAAGAGAUUUUGGAAGAAAAACGUCAGAGUUUACAGAAGGAGGAGCACUUGCAAGAGGCAAUAGCCGUCAUGCAACGAGAAAUCUGUGCACUCAAGAAGCAGUCCGAUGCUGCAGUUGGGGAGAAACGAAAGCGAGAAAUCCUGGCUUGUCAGGUUGCAUCUUUCACGGCCAAGGCCGUGGAUUCAUCAAAGCCAGGGGUUACAAACAUUGAUGACAGUUCUGCUGGCGAUACCGUGAAAAGUGGUGCUGAUGCUUCUCAGGUCUGCGAAGAUUUUCAUUCACCCUCACCUGUGAAUCUGAUGCAGGCAGAUCGCGAACCGAUUCCGUUUUCUUAUGCAGACUCCUCUGAUGUCGUGCAAAAACUCUACAGCAUAUGGCGCAUAAAACCCAGAGAAGCUGGAAGCGAACUUCUUACAAGAAUAUUUACAUGGUGUGAGAGGGACUUAUAUGCCCUUCUCCGGUCUGAAGAUACAGAGAUGGAACAUCCGCUCAGGUCACAGGCAAGCGUUCAAGCGUCAGGAACUUGUGCCGGAAACCUGUGUGAGGCGCUCAAGCAGGUCAUACAGGGGCUCCGCUCCGCACAUACGUUAAUUACCCCGCUAUCUAGUUAUUUAAGCUCACAAAAUACGUUGAUAGUACGAAGUGCCUUGCGUGUAUUUCAAUGUCUGGUAGGGAACACAUGGAGUAUUUUCUAUAGGCAAUCUUAUUCAGAAAGCUGUCAAACGGAAGGCAAUGGGUGGCAUAAAGAUGAUAUCUGUGGUCACGUUUUCUCCUCUCCGAGAGUUACGAGCAAUCUGAAAACUUCGGCGAGCUCAAAUGAAGACGUGAGAAGAGGAAUUCCGACGGAUGAAGGGACAGCGCUUCGAUUUUUAAAUUCGACGCUGCAACUAGCCCAAAGCCAUGCUGAUACAGGAGUGAAGCAGGAAGCACUGUUGCUUGUUGCCUCAUUUGUCAUCCAUACAAAUCCUACGCAUGAAAGAUUACGGGUUGGAACUGUCCUCCUUGAAGCCGGAAUAAUUUUGUUGCUUAAGAAAAGCGUUGCUGUUUCUUCAGCUGUGCAACUUCAGGCUGUGCGAAUUGUACAUCUUCUUAUCAAUUGUCCUAGGAUUUUGGAAAUCAUUUGUAGUCCUGCAGGGCAACUUGCAAGCAUUUUCAAGGACUUGUGUGCAUGCCUAACACAAGAUGAAGAUCCCGUUCAGGACUAUUGGCUGCGGAAGUCCACCCUGCUCUCGAUAGCGUAUCUCAUGUCAGCUAAACAAGAACGUGUUCUGGCUCUGGUUCAAGAAGACGGUGCUGUUUCAAACGUGGCGAGAGAUCUUAUUUCCUUUCUAGACUUGGAGCUUAGAUACGAGGAAAUGAAGAAAAAUGGUUCCAACACCAGCGACAGGUCACCUUUGCUGCCGGAAGCAGUGGCUCUGCUUUUUCAGCUCGGCUCUCAUGCAGCAACAGCGACUUCACUUUUAACAAAAACUCCCGAAGCGGCAAACCGGAGCUUGAGUGUGACCAACAGGCUAGUCGCCCUCGGCUCACAAUCCUGCGUUUCAAAGUCUGGUAGAAAACCGUCCUCCAUGAACGUGGUGGAAAUGGCAAAGAUCCUGAGAAGCAAGAUUCUCUCGAGCUUUAGAGAUGCUUCGGUUGUAUCAUGACAUACACUUUUAUUCACACUCACAGGUGCGUGUAUGUAUCAUAUUUAAUCACAGGCGCUUGCACAGUUUUGAGCUUAACACGAGUGGAAACAUCGAGAGGGAGUUUAGAGUGCGACAGUGGAUGAUUUUUACUUGUGCAACCUUGGCUCUUCUUCAGAACUCGCCGGGUACAGGAACAGACUAUUCGGGCCUGAAUAUACAAGUUCCUGUGUGCAUCAUUCAUCUCCUUGGCGAGUAAAGAACGGUGGUUGUCUCUGCACAAGUUGCGAGCACGGGUCUCUCAGAUAAGCAGGAGAUGAUGCGGUGAUGAUCAGCUGUGACACAAGAUAAUCUCCAGCACAGACAAACGACAAAGUUCGGUGGGCACUUCAUUUUACAAGGGGAGCUGUUCCGUAACGUCUUAGUCUUAAGCGCCUGCGGGAGGAUGACUGGUAUUAUUUUAAUCCGUAAGGGAAGGUGCUUCGCUGCACAUAGACAAUGGCGAGGGAACACUACUUGCGGGUUUGAAACUUCAACACUCCGUGAUGAGCUCACUAAAGCGCCUCCUUUCCCUUUU